AUGUCGAGCGAGUCGGACCCGAAGGCGCCGCCUUCCCUGUCCGAUGCGUUUGCGAUCACACCGCGGUUUGCCGCUGAGCGAGCUGCGGCGGGAUAUGGACUGCCAGGCAGUCGUGCCGCCGAGGCCGCGAAGAAGGACCAGUUCCUCCCAGAUCUCAACGUGCGGCUCAUGUGCCCCGAGUGCCGGACGAAUCCGCCCAAUAUCACCGAGGAAUUUGCGAGUGGCGACCUCGUGUGUUCUGACUGCGGGCUCGUGUUGGGCGACAGGAUCAUCGAUACCCGCAGCGAAUGGCGCACGUUUGCGAACGAAGACGGCGACGACCCGUCGCGUGUGGGCAGUGUGGCGAAUCCGAUUCUCGACGGUAUCACGGAGCAGCUAGAGAGCCGUAUCGCUGCCCGCGAUGGUGGCACGGGCACCUCACGCGAGCUGCUCAAGACCAUGACACGUGCGUCCGGGCCGCGCGACCGCUCGUUGCUGGACGCCUUUGACUCGAUCCAAAACAAGUGCGACAGUAUCCACCUCCCGCGGACGGUGUGCGAUACGGCGAAGCAGGCAUACCGUCGCGUAGAGCAGGAGAAGCUGCUGCGCGGCAAGCAAACGGAUGCGAUUAUUGCUGCGGCCAUUUAUGUGGCGUGCCGUGUCAAUCGCGUGCCACGCACGUUCCCUGAGGUGUGCGCGCUUACCUCGGCGCGUAAGCAGCAGGUCGCGCGCUGCUUCCGCGAAAUGAAAGAGGCCUUUGGGCUGAAUGCUACCGGCUCAGGGUCGAUCGAUGGCGCGGAUACCUCGGCAGACGCGGCGGUCGCCAGCAAAGGCACCGGUGGCGCCGCGCCCCUGGGUCUCGCGGUGGGCGCGACCGACCUCGUGGCCCGCUACUGCAAUCACUUGGGCCUGGACAUGUCUAUUGUUCGCGUCACCGAGGCGGUCACUAUGCGGAUCCACGAUCUUGGUUUUCUGGCGGGCCGGUCCCCCAUCACCAUUGCCGCAGCGUCAAUCUACCUGGUCACAAUACUAGUGGACGAGCAGCGCACAGCCCGGCGCAUCUCUGUGGCGGCGGGUGUAUCAGAUGUGACGAUCAAGCACUCGUUCAAAGAGAUCUUGAAAUUCAUUGACCAGGUCCUCACGCCCGAGAUCGUAGCCAAAGACGCGCGCAUCGAUAUACAUCGACUGGACUCGAAAUAG